AUGUCCCAUAUCCCUCCAACAGUUAGUCUGAUUACAAACUUACAAGUUAAAUACGGAUCAACGGUACACUUUCACUGCAUUGCAACCGGAUAUCCGGAACCGGAAAUCACGUGGUUUUUUAAUGGUGUAAAAAGAGGGAUAUCGAAUGAGUUGAUAAUACCAAGGGCUAAACUUAUAGAUAUAGGAGCUUAUGUAUGUGUAGCUGUAAACGAUGCAGGAAGAGAUCAAAAGACGUCAAUUCUACUUGUCUCUGGAACUCAUCCGUCUAUUGUAACAUCAACACCUACAACUGUAACAACAACGUCCUCCAAACCUGUGGCAGUGACGUGUAAAGCAACAGGAAAUCCAAUUCCAACAAUCACAUGGAGGUUUCAAGCAUUUGUAGGAAAUAGUCAUAUUCAACAGGCAUUAUCGUCUGAUAACUCGACUUUGACAUUGACUCAUGUUGAUAAAUCCGGAACAGCAAUGUGCACGGCAUCCAAUCCACUAGGACAAGUUCAAGCCGCAUUUUCAAUCAUUUUAGUUUCACAAAGUACUAUCAUAGGCAGAUGAUUCAUCAGGUCAAAUGUAGAAGGUCGAAUAAAACUCAUAACUUA